GACGUUGGAAGGUGUGAUUAUAUGACGUUCUAUUUACGUAGCGAAAAUAUUUUCUACUUUCCUUUCAAUUAUUCAACUCCGUAAUAUCAGGAGCUUAUAACUAGCUAUCUGAUUGCACUUGUUGUGCUAGGAGUAAAUACUUUGUUUUCGUGAAAAUAACGUAUUCUUCACACCGGUAAAAUUGAUUUGAACUAAUUGCGUGUUAGUUCUGCCAUUCCAUUAAUUGGGUAAAUUUAUGUUUCGAUGUUUAUCGCGUAGGCUACUAAAUAUUGAAAAAAUAAUUUCAUCAUUUAGUCAAUUGCUCUCUGAUUUACAUUCUUGUGCAACUAUGGUUAAUAAUGAUAACCCUGGUCCUACUUUCCAAGUAAAGAAGAUGCGGGAUCAAGCUUACAGAAUUUGCCGAGAUUACCUGAGUGGUUCGUGGAAAAGUAUUUCCAGCUCUGAUAUGGUAUUUCGAUCUAUAAGUGGUGGCAUGAGCAAUUUUUUGUAUUACUGCUCUCUACCAGAAACACACACUCCCCUUGUUGGUGAACCACAGCAAGUUCUCAUGCGGAUGUAUGGACAAAUACAUGAAGGUAUUGAAGCUAAAGUUACAGAGAGUGUCAUCUUUAUGAUGUUGUCUGAAAGAAAACUUGGACCAAAACUGUAUGGCAUAUUCCCUGGUGGACGCUUAGAAGAAUACAUUCCCGCUCGAGCAAUGACAUGUGAUGAAUUGAAAAGUCCUGAAAUGUCUGCCACAAUUGCCAGAAAGUUAGCAAAAGUACAUACACUAAAUGUACCUAUAAAUAAAGAGCCUACAUGGCUUUUUGACAAAAUGAAAAACUGGAUACAGUUUGUAAAGCAUGAAAUUAGGUUAGAUGAUUUGAAUGAAGAACAAAAGAAUUGUGCUAUGAAGUUAUUGGCUGUAGACUGGGAAAAAGAAUUUAAUUGGCUAAAGCCAGUUCUGAUGGGAGCUAAAUCCCCCGUUCUGUUUUGUCACAAUNAUAUAUAUACUUGCCUUUCCCACUUAGGUAACAUUCUAGUUCCUGAGACAAAUUCAGCUAAUGAAGAUAAAAUUGUGUUUAUCGAUUUUGAAUAUUGUAGCUAUAACUUCAGGGCAUUUGAUAUAGCUAAUCAUUUCUGUGAGUGGAUCUGUGAUUAUUCAUCUUUAGAGUAUCCUCAUUUCACUGUUAAAUCAGAGGAAUAUCCAACAAUUAGUCAGCAAUUGAAUUUUAUUCGCUCAUAUUUGAAAAAUUUUGAAAGCAGCUGUGCAGACACAGAAAUAUCAGAUGAAGUCAAUAAUGAAGAACAUGUGCUACAUGAAGUUUCAAUAUUUGUGCUGGCUUCUCAUUUUUUGUGGACUUUAUGGGCUAUGGUGAAUGCUCAGAAUUCACAAAUUCAGUUUGGCUAUUGGGAAUAUGGAAAAGCAAGGUGGGAUGCUUAUGUUGAAUACAAACAAAGGUUGUUGCAGCAAGACAGCUUGAAACUCUCUUCCAAUGAAGAACGAUGAAUGCUCAUGAUUUUGCCAUUUGCAUUUUUUAUGUGGAAACUUCAACUUUUCUCGUACUCAUGAACGUGAUAAUUAUUCCAGGAAUUAUUUAUUGUAACUUAUUGUAGUUCAGCUUUCGCUCUCUUGAAAGUGUGAAAUAUUUUUGAAGUCUUAUUGUCAGUGUCUUUUUUUUUUUUGUCUUAAAUGUUAAUUUUGAUACUCUUAUUUAUUUUAUUUGCGACUUAAGUUCUCUUAAAGUAAAUAAAUUUCUUUAAAUAAAAUAGUGAUUUUUUGUGGUUUUAGUUGGUUUAAAUUGUCAUUUUUAUACUUAUAAAACCUGAUAUUGGUACUUAAAAAAAAUCUUACAUUUUAAAAUUAUUGUGAUACAAAUUUUUCUUUAGAAUUAUUUUAGGUUUAAACUGCAGAUUAAAUUUUAGCAUUUCAAUACAUACUUGAGGACUUGAAAAAUAAAUCUUACAAAAUAUUUUAUUAUUUUCGUAACAAAUAGUAAUUUAAAGUAUAAUAUAAAUAUUUGACUUGAUUAAUUAAAAUUCUAAAUCCAGUUACAAUGAUGGCAAUCUCUAUGAUUAUUAAAAAGCUAAAUCUUAAUCAUCAAAAUACUUUACUAUUUAAUAUAGAUGCAUAUUUAUUAUGCUAUUAAGCUUCUACAGGCAUAUUGGAAGAAUUCAUUUCGCUCAGGCGGUUUCCCUUUGUUGGUUGAGAAAUACAACCAACACAGGGAAAAAGAAAGGAUAGGAAAUGAAUUUUUUUUUUAAAAAAGGGUUGGAAGACCAGAGAAUGGAAAAUGAGAAAAAGUUUGCCCUAGUUAGACAUAAAAUCAGGCAAACUUUUUUUAAGUAGAUAAAAAUAGAUUUUUUUUUCAUUUACAGUAUUGUCCUUGUGAAGAAUAACUAAAUUUUCUAAAAAUUCAUAAUUACAAUUAACAAAUAGUUUAUAGUUACUUUGUAUAAGCUUCAUUUAUAGCUUAUUUAUUUAAAAUAUUUCUUCCUUAAUCUGCAGUUUAAUUCUGUACUGUUUGUAAAAAAAAUUUCUUAUGGAAAUUCUUAAUGGUUUUGGUCAUUAAACCAAUUUCUGUGACUUGACUUUUGUGCAAUUUUAUCUUAAUGACCAAUAAGUUUGUGAUAUUUUGAAAUUUUACUAGAGAUACUUACUACUGCUAGUUUCCAUUUAUUAUCAAAAUGUAAAUGAAAUUCUGUAAUUUUUUUAAAAAUUUGUUGAAUAUGAAAAUGAGUUACAUUUUAGUUAAUUAUAUUAUUGUUACACGAUUCCAUUAUCACAUAUUAUUUUGUUGUAUUUUUUUUCUGAAUUUUUUAAAAUAUCUUAAAAAUAAACAUUUUACUGUUAAAAUUGUGAUUUUUAUAAUCUGCAUUAUUAUAUUAGAUUUUUAAAAAUUAAUCAAAUUUUUUAAUUUAGUUUAAAUUACUAAAACUGGUUGCUUUACACAUUUUAAAUGUUUUUGAAAAUUUUGAUCUAAUGAUUGCAAUGCUCACUUCUGAAAUUUUAAUUCGAAGUACAAUAAUGAAAUAAAUCACUUUUCAUUAGUGUUAUUUGUUUUGUAUAGUAAAUGGAAAUUUAAUUGUGGAAAAUGUCUAGUAAAAGAAAAUAUAGAUUUUUAGCUCUAUAUGAAGUAAGACUUAUAUGUACAAAAAGUGCUUUGCUUUGUAAGAUUUAAUUAUUUUUUUUAUUAAAUGUUGUUUUCAAUCAUGUUGUAUAUGAGUGGCAUGAAAAGAUAGAAGGUAUUCCAGAUAUGUUUAAUGUAAAAUAGAAACUUGAUUUUUACAUACAUAUGUAUGUGUGAGCGAGCAAUGAUCUACCAAUUACAUAUCACAUAAAAGCUUUUUUGUGACGUAAUUUACAUAUUUGUGUAAAACAGUGAAACUAGUCUUUAUUGGUAUAGUUCCAAUUUACAUUCUGAUAUUGACUAAAGUCAAAACGUCAUUUACUAAACAAAAAAUAUUUAUUUUUUAAAAAAUGUGCCAAUCUUGCUAUUGUUCUUGAAAACAUGGAUCUAGUGCCUUUUUAUUUUACUCCUGUUAAUUCAUGUAAUAUAUAAUAAGUUUCUCUAUAAGUUCCAUGAAGUUUAGAAACAAAUUUUAUUAAUUAUUAGAUGAAAAAAAAAUGCAUUUGAUAAGCUGCAUUUACAAAUAUUUUAUGUGGUUUGUGUUACUCUGGGAAAUUCAUGUUUGUAAAUUGAUUAUUGCACAUGUUGGUGUUAGUUUUCUUGGUUUUAGUUUGCACAAGACGCUUUGUUUUUUAAAAAAUUUUUAUAUAUUAGCGUAAGCCUUACCAUGUAAUCUAAAAUGUUUUUUUUUCUAUGCUUGAAAAUUUUAUUUUAUUGAAACUAUCAAAAACAAUAUUUGGUUGAAUUGUUAGUAAAUUUUUUAAUUACCUAAUUUCUUCUUUUAAUUUCAAUAUUGAUUGCUAAGUUAGCUUGGAUAUUAUAUUUACGUUUACUAAUAAAUUUUUAUAGCCAUAAUAAUUUGUCUUUAAAUUUAUAAUGAUUUCAGUGUACAAGUUUUAUUGAUCUAUAUCAUAAAUUUGCAAGAUUUAGAUUUUCAAAGUUAGAAAAAAAAAUUUAAAAUAUUUGAAUAGUUACUUAUGUGCAGCUAUAGGUUUUAAGACUGUCUUCGCAUGCUUUUAAUUAUCUCAUUUUUUUGCUGGAAUAACAAGUUCUGAAACAACAAAAACAAGAUUGUUUUUUGUUCUUUUCCUUCAAAAAAAAAAAAAUGAACUUAACAAUAUGAAACUUUUUUUAAAAUAACUUUUUUCUUGAGAAAAAAUGUAUCCAUUCUUAUUAUGAUACAAAAAUUUAACAAGUGACACUUUUUAUGUUUUUGCAAUAUCUUCUCUAUACCCCAAAAGGAUUAUUUCUUGCGUUUAUUAGUAUUGCAGAGUUUUAUUAGUGAGUAGUAUCAAUUUAUUCAAAAUAUUGUUAUGCUGUGUAAACAUUAAAAGCAAUACAACUUAAUUUAGUUCACUUUAAAUAAAUUUAAACAAGUCACAGUUAUAAUUUUUUAUGUAUAUAUUGUAUCUUCUAUUUCGUAGUUUCUUCUGUUCAUUGACCCAACAAAAUAUUUUAUUUUUUCCAACUUUAAAUCAACAUUUUUAACACCUUUCAUGAUUAGCAAGGCAAAGUAAACAAUUCUAUAAUUCUGAUGAUUCAUUUACUACAUGAUUAACAAUUUAGACUAUGCAAUUAAUUCUUGUGAAAGUUUAUUUUAGACAUCAUAUUGAUACAAACAGUUUAUGUCUGAAUUUUUUAUAAGUUUUCUUUUAGGAUUUCUUUAUUAUGAAAUAACAAUCUUUCCAAUAAUAAACCAUUUAAAAAUAGACUGUCAUUUUUCAACCCAUUAACUUAAAAUUCUACCGUGAAGUUGUUCGAUUUUCAGCAUUAGAAACUAGUGACUUCAAUAUUUGUAAACGAGAAAGUUAUGUAUAAGGGAAAUCGUCACUUUCUAUUUUGUCGAUUGCUAGUUGCUAAAAAGAGUUGAAAAUAUUUUUUGAAUAGCAUUAAUUAUCUAUAUUAAGAGAUCAUUACGAAUAGCUAUUAAAUGUUUGAUGUUACUUUUUAAAUUGGUUAAACUUCUAUUCACUUAAUAUUUAAUUUUACUUGAUGCACCUGAUUAUGAUUGAGAGUAAAAGUAAUGUCUUCAGAUUUUUCAUGAUGAUUAUAAAUAAUUGAAAUUAUUUGCAAUUCAAUUGGUGUGUGUGCUUAGCAGCAUUUCAAUAAAUUUGUGGAAAAAGAAACUAUUUUAAAAUUGUAAAAAAGAAAAAAAAACUAAAAUUUGAAAGUGAAAGAAUGUCAUUAUUUUUAUCAUGAACUUUAUUUUUGAUAAACUGUAUGUUGUUCUUUUCAUUUUUGGUCAACUUUGUAUUAGCUGUGAAAAGUUGAGUAUGUGUAAAAUAAUGACAUAGUGUGGGGGUAAGACAAUUUAAUCCUGCAUUUUAUAUCUGGUUCAUUUAAUACAUGACAUUAUAAAUAACCAGAAUGCCUGUGCCUUAAAUAUUUUUACAAGAAUCUAAAUUGAUUGCAAAUGUAAUUUUUACUUGUUUAACCAAUUAUGCUUAUUUGUGUAAAUAGUUCACUUCUGUAAAUUAGGGAGGUUUAAUGUGUUGCAGAGUUGCUUUAUAAUAUUUGUGUAAAUAUUCAUUUUUAAGCACUGGUGUAUAAUUAUUCUUCUCUAUGACAAAAUAAAGUUUUGGUACAUAGUAAA